AAGUUUAUAUAUAAUAAAAGUGUUUUACAAUUUCUAGAUAUAUGUUUAUUAACAAACAAUUAAACAGCUUAAAAUAGUUUAUUUUAUUGUAGAGCGUUUAUUUAAUUUACUGCCGACAAUCAAAAUGUUUAUUUUUGAUUGAUAUGACCUAAAUUAAUCACUUACGAUCAUCGAUCAAAAGUUUGUUCUGAAAAAAAAUCCUCUCAAUAGUUUAUGAAAUCACCUUAAGAUCAAAGUUCAAAAACCAGUCAUGCAAAAAUUCUCGUCUGUUCUUCCGAAUUUAAAUAAAUUACCAACAUUUAAACGUUUGAAAUUUUAUUUUCCAACUAUGCAACAAGCUUCGACGAUAACUUCUUUAAAACUCAAUCAACUCAGUCUUCCGAAACAACCUGUGCCAGACUUGAAAAAAACUGCAGCAAAAUAUUUAAUAUCAUUGAAGCCGCUACUAAACGAAGAGGAAUAUUGCAAAACUGAGAAAAUUGUUAAUCAAUUUAUUAGUGAAAAUGGAGCUGGACCAAUUUUACACAAAAAAUUACGAGAGAGAUAUGAAAAGACUGAAAAUUGGAUGAAUGAAUGGUGGUUGAAAGCUGCUUAUUUGGGCUACCGUUUGCCGGUAAUUGUUCAUUCAAGUCCAGGAACAAUUGCUCCCCCUCAAAAGUUUCAAACUCCUGACGAAAUGUACUCAUUUGCCGCACGUCUUAUUGAAGGAGUUUGUAAAUACGACGCUAUGGUAAAAAGUCGAAAAAUGAAGCAGGAAAUGAUCCGCAACGAACCGCUCGAUAUGCUUCCGUAUGGGAUGAUUCUUGGCACUCAUCGUCAACCGAAUCGAAUAAUUGACAAUCUCUUGCAUACAGAUACAACUAGGCAUAUAAUAAUCAUCUCCAAUAAUCACCUUUUCAAAUUAAAUCUUGUUGAUCGUAAUGGACUAUUAACUGAAAAUCAACUAAAAGCUUCCAUUAAAGAUAUAAUUAAACGCUCAAGUGAACCUGGAAAAUCAGUUGGAAUUUUAACCGGAAAUGAUAGAGACACUUGGGCAGAAAAUCAUGCGAUACUCAAAGGAAUUGGUUCCAAUGGGAAAAUUCUCAAAGAUCUUGAAUCGUCUCUAUUUGUUCUUUGUUUGGAUAAAAAACUUCCGAACGAUGCAUUUAAAUCGAAAAACAACGAAUCAGUGAGAUCAGUUCAAGGCAUGACUGGUUUUAGUUCUUCGACGAAUGCCGGUAAUCGAUGGCAUGAUAAAACGGUUCAAUAUAUCGUCUCCAGUGACGGAUUCCUUGGAAUGGAAUAUGAACACAGUCCCUGCGAAGGUGUUCCUGUCGCUGUUCUUCACGAUUUCGUCUUAAAUCAUGUAACCAGUAAAUUGGACAUUAAAUGUGAGGAUGCGAAAGAUUUUCCUCAAGCCGAGGAAUUAAACUUCGAGUUAAACGACAAAAUUGAGAAAGCAAUUCAUGAAGCCUCAAAUGUAGUUGAUAGACUUUCGGAGAACAUUGACAUGGAAUGUUUUACAUUCAAAGAAUUUGGCAGUGAUGGAAUAAAAAAAUGCAAACUCAGUCCCGAUAGUUUUAUACAGAUAGCAAUGCAAGUGACAUUUUAUAAAUUGCAAAAAAAACCGCCGGCUCAUUAUGAAUCGGCGGCACUUCGUAGAUUUAUCAAUUCGCGAACAGAAUGCAUACGAUCAACUAGUGUCGAAUCUGUCGAAUUUGCGAAAUUAGUUAAUUCAAAUUGUGAUAAUAAUAGCGAGAAGAAAAAAGCAUUAAUUAACGCAAUUAAUGCUCAUAAAAAAACUGCUGGAGAGGCGGCAGUAGGAGAAGGAGUUGACCGACUCUUCUUUGGACUCAAAAUGAUUGUGAAUGAGGAAAAAAUGGAAAUUCCAGAAUUUUAUAAAGAUAUUGGCUGGACCAGAAGUACGCAUUUCACAUUAACUUCAAGUCAGGUCCCUUAUAAAACUGCCUCAUUCAUGUGCUACGGUCCAGUUGUUCCCGAAGGCUACGGCUGUUGUUAUAAUCCAAGGAAAAGUGAUAUUCUUUUCGCAUGUUCCUCUUUUAAAGACAAUUCUGAAACUUGCACAAAAGCUUUCGCCGAAACACUACAAAAUACUUUACGCGAAUUGAAGAAAAUUGCCGAACAAUAGAAUCAUGAUUGUUUUUUAACUUAUUUUUAUCAAACAAGUUUUUAGAAACUUAUCCAUUUUUAUAUAUUUUCAGUUAAUAUAUUAAAUCAUGCUUUUAUAAACUUUACAAAAAAAGAUUUUUACACUUGUCAUUUAUAGUUUUUAAAAA